GUGGCGGCAUCGCUCUCUCGCCUCUUGACCAUCACCCACUCCCCUCAUACCCACUCCCUCUUCUCUCUUUGCGAGACAUCGUCGCAGUCCAUUGAGGCAGACAGAGCCCAACGCCAAACUCGUAGGCUGGAUCCCCGGCUGGACAGGGAUCCCAAAGCCCACGACUACUGGCAGGCCAGCUCGGCGUCUCCUUCCACCAUGUCUGCACCUCCUCCGCCUCCGGGCUUCAAAGGUCCACCUCCCAGUGGGCCAGCCGCAAUGAGGGGUAAAGCUUCAGCCGCUCCUCUCAGCAACGGCAAUGCGGAUGCUGGACCCUCGAGCUCCAGACUCACCCCUCAGCAGCUCGAGUCCAAGAGCAAGAAGUGGGUGCAGAGACAGAGCAGGAGGUUCGGCGAUCGUACUGGCAAGUCCGGCAUCGUCGACACGGGCAAGCAGGAAAUGCCGCCCGAGCAUGUCAGGAAGAUCAUCAAGGAUCACGGUGAUAUGAGCAAUCGCAAAUACCGCAACGACAAGAGAGUCCACCUCGGUGCGCUCAAGUAUAUCCCCCACGCAAUGAUGAAGCUCAUGGAGAACAUCCCAAUGCCUUGGGAGCAAGUUCGUGAAGUACCCGUGCUGUACCACGUCACUGGAGCUAUCAGCUUCGUCGACGAGAUUCCCCGAGUCAUUGAGCCCAUCUACCAUGCUCAAUGGGCGGCAAUGUGGUUGGCAAUGAGGCGAGAGAAGCGUGAUCGUAGGCAUUUCAAGCGGAUGCGCUUCCCUCCCUUUGACGACGAAGAGCCGCCUAUGGACUACGGCGACAAUCUACUCGAUGUGGAGCCACUGGAAGCCAUUCAGCUGGAGCUCGACGAGGAGGAAGACGACGCCAUCAUUGACUGGUUCUACGAUCACAAGCCACUGUUAGAUGAUUCAAAACACGUCAAUGGACCAUCAUACAAGACUUGGUCGCUCGAUCUGCCGAAGAUGACCGCUCUGCAUCGACUCGGCAAGACGCUGCUAUCAGACUUUGAUAGUGGCGACAAGAACUAUUUCUACCUCUUCGACAAGAAGGCCUUCUUCACAUCAAAAGCGCUGAACAUGGCCAUCCCUGGCGGUCCGAAAUUCGAGCCACUGUUCAAGGACGCCGAGAGCUACGAUGAUGACUGGAACGAGUUCAACGACAUCCGCAAGGUCAUCAUCCGUCAGCAGAUCCGGACAGAGUACAAGGUGGCUUUCCCCCACCUAUACAAUAGCCGGCCUCGAUCCGUCCACAUUGGCCAGUACCACGAGCCAAAGAACGUCUUCAUGCGCACGGACGAUCCAGACCUGCCAGCCUUCUUCUUCGACCCCGCUCUCAAUCCCAUUUCAAGUCGGGGGCUGGCCAACGCCGAUGCGUUCCGACCAACCUUUGAUGAUGGAGAGAAGGUGCUUAGUCAUGAGGACGCUGUCUUCGGCGAGGGCGUAGAAGGUGACGAUGAGCUCGAUGACGAAGAGGCAUUCACCAUGCCGGACCAUGUUACUGCUUUCCUGCAGGACGAGCCCAUCGAGAACGACCUAACAGCGGAUGCUAUUGCUCUGUGGUGGGCCCCUGCGCCCUACAAUCGCAGCAGCGGGAGGACGCGUCGAGUAUUGGACAUCCCAUUGAUCAAGGACUGGUACAUGGAGCACUGCCCACCCAAUCAGCCAGUGAAGACUCGUGUCUCUUACCAGAAGCUGCUCAAGCGCUAUGUGCUCAAUUGCCUGACCAGCCGGCAGCCCAAGUCCGGCAAGAAGCGAUACUUGCUCAAGCAGCUCAAAGCGACCAAGUUUUUCCAGACUACGACACUCGAUUGGGUCGAAGCUGGUUUGCAGGUUGUGAGACAAACGUGGAAUGCCCUCAAUCUCCUCAUUCAUCGAAGGGGUCUACACUACCUGCAUCUCGACUACAACAUGAAUCUGAAGCCUGUCAAGACCUUGACAACAAAGGAGCGGAAGAAGUCGCGCAUGGGAAAUUCGUUCCAUCUCAUCCGAGAACUCGGCCGUUUGGUCAAGCUCAUCGUAGAUUCACACAUCAUGUUCAGACUGGGCAACGUUGAUGCUUUCCAGCUUGCGGACGGUCUCCAGUACGCUUUGAAUCACGUUGGACAGCUUACGGGUAUGUACAGGUACAAGUACAAGCUCAUGCACCAGGUUCGAGCCUGCAAGGAUCUCAAGCACGUCAUAUACCACCGCUUUAACUCUGGGCCGGUUGGAAAGGGACCCGGUGUGGGUUUCUGGGCUCCUUCCUGGCGUGUAUGGAUGUUCUUCCUGCGUGGUAUCGUGCCUCUUCUCGAGCGAUGGCUCGGCAACAUGCUGGCUCGUCAAUACGAGGGUCGAAACAGCAAGGGCAAGGCUAGCACUGUCACCAAGCAGCGUGUGGAGUCACACUUUGACCUGGAGCUCAGAGCUGCAGUCUUGCACGACAUCCUAGACCAGAUGCCCGAGGGUAUCAGGCAGAACAAGAGCAAGACGAUCAUGGCUCACUUGCAGGAAGCUUGGCGAUGCUGGAAGAGCAAUACGCCCUGGCGAGUGCCGGGCAUGCCGGCGCCGAUCGAGAACAUUAUCUUGCGGUACGUCAAGCAGAAGGCCGACUACUGGACGUCAGUAGCUCACACCAACCGAGAGCGUAUUCGUCGCGGAGCUACCGUCGACAAGACUGUUGCGCGAAAGAAUCUUGGCCGAUUGACUCGUCUCUACCUCAAAGCUGAGCAAGAGCGUCAGAACGGGUACCUGAAGGAUGGUCCCUACAUCACCAGUGAGGCGGCUGUUGCCGUCUACACUUCGACCGUUCACUGGCUCGAGUCGCGGCGCUUCGCUCCCAUUCCCUUCCCCUCGCUGAACAACAAGAAUGACACUAAGCUGCUCGUUCUGUCGCUUGAGAAUCUCAAGCAACAGUACAGUGUUCAAGGACGUCUCAACCAGAGUCAACGAGAGGAGUUGGCCUUGAUCGAGCAGGCGUUUGACAACCCUCACGAGACUCUAGCGAGGAUCAAGAGACUUCUCUUGACCCAGCGUGCAUUCAAGGAAGCCGGCAUUGAGUUCUUCGACACUUAUGAGAAGCUCAUUCCAACUUAUGCCAUUGAGCCCAUCGAGAAGCUCACCGACGCCUACCUCGACCAGUACCUCAGCUACGAGGCUGACAAGCGCCAGCUGUUCCCGCCCUGGAUCAAGCCCUCUGACCAGGAGCCUCCGCCUCUGCUGGUCUACAAGUGGUGUCAAGCGAUCAACAACCUCGAGAACGUCUAUGACACCUCGAACGGCGAAUGCAACGUUCUCAUGGAGACUUCGCUCGACCGUGUGUACGAGAAGAUCGAUCUCACCCUUCUGAACCGUCUGCUCCGCCUGGUGCUCGACGCCAACAUUGCUGAUUAUAUGACGAGCAAGAAUAACAUCUCUGUUGUCUUCAAAGACAUGGCGCACGUCAACACCUACGGCCUGAUUCGAGGAUUGGCAUUCAGUCACUUCAUCUUCUCAUACUACGGAUUGGUGCUUGACCUGCUCAUCCUGGGUCUCCAGCGAGCUAACGACAUGGCAGGUCCUCCGCAGACUCCCAACGGCUUUUUGCAAUACGCAAAUACGGCAACGGAGACAAGGCAUCCCAUCAGACUGUAUCAGAGAUACGUUGACAGGAUCCACAUCUUCUUCCGCUUCGAUUCGGAUGAGAGUCGUGACCUUAUUCAGCGCUAUCUAAGUGCUGAGCCGGACCCGAACAAUCAGAAUCUGCUAGGCUAUAACAACAAGCGAUGCUGGCCCAGAGACUGUCGUAUGAGACUGAUCAAGCAUGACGUUAACCUCGGUCGAGCGGUCUUCUGGGAGAUCAAGAACCGACUGCCACGAGCUCUGACUACUAUCGAGUGGGACUCGACCUUUGCAAGUGUGUAUUCCAAGGACAACCCAAACACUCUCUUCUCGAUGCAGAACUUUGAGAUUCGCAUUCUGCCCAAGAUUCGUCUGGGCGAUGUGCACGAGCACAAGGAUGGAGUCUGGUCUUUGGUAAACAGCUCGACCGGUGAGAGGUCUGCUCAGGCUUUUAUUCGAGUUAGUGACGAAGGUGUGAAUGCUUUCAACAACCGAGUCCGACAAGUCUUGAUGUCUGCUGGUGCAACAACCUUCAGCAAGAUCAUCAACAAGUGGAACACUACCUUGAUUGGCUUGAUGACAUACUAUCGGGAAGCCGUCGUCAACACCGAGACUCUUCUCGAUGUCCUGGUCAAGGCAGAGAACAAGGUGCAGACCAGGAUCAAGGUGUCGCUCAACAGUAAGAUGCCCAGUCGUUUCCCGCCCGUGCUCUUCUACUGCCCGAAGGAACUCGGAGGUCUCGGAAUGCUGAGUAUGGGUCAUGUUCUCAUCCCUCAGAGUGACUUGCGAUGGAGCAAGCAGACCGACACAGGCAUCACUCAUUUCCGUGCCGGAAUGUCACACGAGGAAGAGCAAGUCAUUCCGGCCCUGUACCGCUACUUGGUGCCAUGGGAGUCUGAGUUCACUGAUAGUGCUCGCGUGUGGACGGAGUACGCUCAGAAGCGUAAGGAAGCCAACGCCCAGAACCGUCGACUGACUUUGGAGGAUCUCGAGGACUCAUGGGACCGUGGUCUGCCGAGGAUCAACACUCUUUUCCAGCGUGACCGUACGGUUUUGGCGUUCGAUAAGAUGUGGCGAAUGAGGCAGUUCUUCAAGCAGUACCAGAUCCUGAAGCAUGACCCUUUCAUCUGGACCAACCAACGUCACGACGGAAAGCUGUGGAAUUUGAAUGCCUACCGUGUCGAUGUCAUUGCGGCAUGCGGUGGUAUCGAAGGUAUCUUGGCUCAUACUCUGUUCGCAGGUACCGCCCACACGACCUGGGAGGGUCUGUUCUGGGAGAAAGCCUCCGGAUUCGAAGAACAGAUGAAGGACAAGAAGCUGACCAAUGCUCAGCGCAGUGGUCUGUCCCAAGUACCCAAUCGUCGUUUCACCCUCUGGUGGUCUCCGACGCUGAACAGAGCAAAUGUCUACGUCGGUUUCCAGGUGCAACUCGAUCUCACUGGUAUCUUUAUGCACGGUAAGCUGCCUACGCUGAAGAUCUCGUACAUUCAACUCUUCCGAGCCCAUCUGUGGCAGAAGAUCCACGAGUCAGUAGUCAUGGACUUGUGUCAAGUCUUCGACCAAGAGCUGGAGGCUCUUCAGAUUGAGACUGUGCAAAAGGAGACCAUUCACCCUCGAAAGUCAUACAAGAUGAACUCGAGCUGUGCCGAUGUGCUUCUCUUUGCCAGCCACAAGUGGCCCAUCUCUCGGCCCUCAUUGUUGACUGACGGCAGGGACGUGAUGGAUGGUUCGAGCACCAGCAAGUGGUGGCUGGACGUACAACUUAGAUGGGGUGACUUUGACUCCCACGACGUCGAGCGAUAUGCUCGUGCCAAGUUCCUCGACUACACAAGCGACUCGACUUCAAUCUACCCAUCGCCUACUGGUGUCUUGAUUGCCCUCGAUCUUGCUUACAAUCAGUACUCGGCUUACGGUAAUUGGUUCCCUGGAUCCAAGGCUCUUAUUCAGCAGGCAAUGGCGAAGAUUCACAAGGCCAACCCAGCCUUGUACGUCCUCAGGGAGCGAAUCAGGAAGUCUCUGCAACUGUACAGCUCAGAGCCUACCGAGCCAUACCUGACAUCGGGCAACUACGCCGAGCUCUUCUCGAACCAGGUCAUCUGGAUGGUUGACGACACUAACGUCUAUCGUGUCACUAUCCACCGAACGUUCGAGGGUAAUUUGGUCACAAAGCCGAUCAAUGGUGCUAUCUUCAUCCUGAACCCUCGUACUGGUCAGCUGUUCCUCAAAGUCAUUCACACUUCGGUAUGGGCCGGUCAGAAGCGUCUCGGUCAGCUGGCAAAGUGGAAGACGGCAGAAGAAGUUGCUGCUCUGGUCCGAUCUUUGCCCGUGGAGGAGCAGCCUAAGCAAGUCAUCGUCACGCGAAAAGGUAUGCUUGACCCUCUCGAAGUGCACUUGCUCGACUUCCCGAACAUCGUCAUCAAGGGCUCUGAGCUGCAAUUGCCUUUCCAGGCCUGUCUCAAGCUUGAGAAGUUCGGAGAUCUCAUCUUGCGAGCCACUCAGCCACAGAUGGUUCUCUACAGCCUGUACGAUGACUGGUUGUCGUCUAUCUCGAGCUACACUGCCUUCUCGCGUUGCAUCUUGCUUCUUCGAGCACUACAUGUCAACCAAGAAAAGGCCAAGAUCAUCUUGCGACCCGAUGUCUCGACGAUCACUGAGCCGCAUCACAUUUGGCCCACACUGUCAGACGAUGAGUGGGUGAAGGUCGAAGUUGCUUUACGAGACCUGAUCCUGCAAGACUACGGCAAGCGAAAUUCGGUCAAUGUAGCUUCGCUGACGGGCAGCGAGAUCCGAGAUAUUAUCUUGGGUCAGGAGAUUCAGGCACCAUCGAUGCAGCGACAGCAGAUGGCCGAGAUUGAGAAGAGUGCCGAAGCGGCUCAGCAGGUGACUGCGACACAGACAAAGUCGUCCAACAUCCACGGUGAUGAAAUUACGACGGUCACAACUACGCAGUACGAGACGCAGCACUUCAGCUCCAAGUCGGACUGGCGGGUGCGAUGCCUUUCGUCCACCAAUUUGCCUCUUCGUUGCCAGCAUCUCUAUGUCAGCAACGAUGAUGUCAAGGACGAUAUUGGUUCACUCACGUACGUCUUGCCAAAGAACAUCCUCAAGACGUUCAUUGUCAACUCCGAUUUGAGGACGACUGUGGCUGGAUACCUCUAUGGUGUUUCGCCUCCGGACGCGCCCAGUGUCAAGGAGGUGAAGCUUAUUGUGUGGGUACCUCAGCGCGGCAGCAAUACAACCAUCGAGCUGCCGCAGGAUCUGCCUCAGCACGACUUCAUGCUGAAGGAUCUCGAGCCGCUGGGUUGGAUCAAGACGCAGGCGCAGGACAUGCCUCACCUCUCCUCCCUCGACACGGCUACCCAUGCCAAGACGAUGGCAUCGCACCAGGAGUGGGGAGCGUCGAGCAUCUGCAUCACCGCCGCCUUCACACCCGGAUCCGUCUCCCUGUCAGCUUACAACCUGACCGUUGCCGGCUUUGAGUGGGGACGCAAAGCGAACCAAUCCGAUGCUGCUUCGGGCGGAGGUGGCUUUAACCCAUCCUCAAUGGCCGAAAAGGUCCAGCUCCUCCUCUCGGACCGCAUCCUAGGAACCACCCUUGUGCCGCAGGACAAGACGUGGAAUUAUGGUCUGAGCCUCAGUGCGCAGUGGACUCCGACGAUGAAGGUCAACUAUGUCCUGGAUACACCCAUUGGAUUCUGGAACGAGGCACAUCGCCCGCAGUCCUUCCUGACUUUUGCGCAGGAUACGGGAGAGGAGACGGGAGCUGAUGUGCAUGACCCGCUGCAGUGAAAUGGUGCGUUGAGUCAGGGGC